AUGAAGUGGACCUGGGUGGUUGUGGCAGUCUUGCUGUCCUUUUGUGGGCUAUCACUGGGCGCAGAAAGCCUGGACUUUCCCGAGUAUGAUGGCAAGGACCGUGUCCAUGAACUCGACAUCAAGAACUAUAAGUCUGUGAUGAAGAAGUAUGAUGCCAUGGUGGUUUACUACCAUGACCAUCCCGGAUCCAGCCGCGUCGCCCAGAAACAGUUUGAGAUUGAGGAGUUGGCCCUUGAGGUGGGUUUUACAGUGCAGUCACAAGAUCUGUGAGAGUGUGAAGUUGGUUUGGUGCAUGAUUAGUUUGUGCUCUGGUCUUGUUUGAUUUAAAUCUGGCAGCAAGAAUUAGCCAGUGCUUAACUGUCAAGCAACAGUAUAUUAUUGGUUUAAGGACUUUAGUUUACAUGAUAUAUUUAGAUUUGAAUGGACAACAUAAAAAGAGAUUGUCAUUCAUAGUAGAGAGGAUAAAGUGGAAUGUGAUUUUUUGAUAUGAUAUGAUAUGAUAGAGGUAAAGUUUUACACAUGGUAAAGUGAUGCUACAAAGUGAUUAAUAGCUGUGUUUUUGAGUGUGAGUGUGUAUGGGCGUGGGGGGUGUCACUGAUGUACUCAAUGCACCUCUUUCAGUAUGCACAUCACCCCUUAGGCCUGCUCUGGGUAUGGAUACUCAGCAGUUUUAUCACAUUCCUCACAUGGAGACAUUACAUCAUCAUUCAUUGCAAAGCUGCAUGCAUGACCUAUGUCAGGGAAGAUCAAAUGUCAUAUAUAUUCACGUCACAUGUUCUGAGAAAAGGUAAAUCUGCGCGCUCUUGUUCUUGUCAGGUUAAGGUUGAUGGUGUUAUUCUGCUAGGACAGAUAUUUUAUUUUGGAUGAAACAAAGGGGUGCAAAACUAAAGUGACAGCUUUGUUAUCACACAAAUUACAGAUGGGUGUGGAGGUCCACCUGGAGUCUGAUAAAGUUGAAAUCACCUAUCAUCAUCUAAUGCUGAGUUUAUUUCUGCAGUUAAAACUGUGAUGACUGAUAGAACAUACACAGUGGGCCAUAAGGGUUAACACCAUAGAUGGUUUUAUUCAUCAUUUGUCGAUUUAAGAAAGCUAUCUUAUAAAUAUGAUUCAUUUCUACAGUUUCAUGAGAGCUGCAAGCAUUAAGGUGUAGAAAUAAGUUGCACUCAAAAGCCCUAACUAAUAUGUAAUAAACCUUUUUGAUCAUACCAACACAUGACUGUAGAAAUGAAUUAUGAAGAGGAGUUAUUUGCAGUCUUUUGUUGUAUUUGGCAAAAAAAACGGUGUAACCCAGUGUUAGGUUAAUGACAGGCAACUGAGAGUAACAGUUUGUAACAGGCAGGAAAAUAUUAAUAACCAACUGAUCGGAAAGAGAGAUGCUUCUCAGCAUAUCACAUCAUCUCAGCAGCCUCCCGUGUCUCUGUAAGGGAGCGUUAGGGCUCAGUCUCUGGGCUGAAGGCCAGCUCUGGAGGAUCUGGCUCCAGGACUGCUGGCUCAGCUCAGCACUGUGAUUGACACUUGCAGUACUGUACUCGUCAGCGGAUCCCGCAGCGCUGAGCAUCACUGCCACCUCGCCAAAAUAGUCCCUGUGUGGCUUCUGGCGCUAUAUUUAUCCCAAGCUGCUUUUGUGGCCGGUCCAGCUCCCUGAAGGCUUGUGUUCCUCCUUCUGAAUGUAUUCUGAUUUGAAUAUGACGCGGAUUUAAUAUUAGUAACAGCCAGGGGCUCUAAAUCUCAGAGGUUAAAGCUCUGCAGGGGGUUAGUAGAAGUUGAUGACAGUGAGGAAGUUUCUCCACAGGUUCAAGAUUAGAUUGUAAUUUUCAGGCUUCAAACUUUGAGCACAAAAUUUAAGAAUUGAACAAAAAACAAGACAAAGAAUGAGCUUCUGCUUUGUUCAACAGGGGGACGAAUAUUAUUUUGACCCUGGUCAUAUGGCAUUAAUAUAGCUAUUAUAACUGCAGAAUAUGCCAUCUCAUCAAACUAUGUGUUCACAUUUUAGCCAUGAAAGUGCUUGUGUUUGAACCAGGUGAAAAAUCCCUUCUUCUUGUAAUCCUUUGAAAAUGAUGGAUGAGUAUGUUCUGAUUUAUGUGCAUUUGGAAAAGAUAAAGAAUCUGACUCUACAGUGAAAUCCUAUCCUGAUGCUGUUGGUUUAACUUUACACGUAGUUGGAGGGUUCUGUUACUGUAAAGAAAUUAUAGCAGUCAUGUUACUGCAGAUGCACAUUCUGCACACUAAACCCAAAAGACAACUUUACAUGGUGUUUAUUUGGAGGACACAUUAAUGUUUGGAUAUCUACCCUGAUUUAACGAUAAAAACAUACCAAAACUUAAGACCACUACACUACUUUUCAUAUCAGUAUUGGCAAAUACACAUCUCUAAUUCCCCUCUCACAAACUCACAGGGGUUACAAAGGAAGAUGCAGCAACACUUCUGUCUUUCCAUACCUGUUCAUUUUAAUCUUAACUCCACUCUGUGCCUUCUUCAGCUGCUUGGAUAGCAGAAAACCUCAAGCAUCCCAGUCACUGGCCCUUUAAAAGUUUAUUUUAGUCUGCAUAAACACACAAAUGGUGGGGUCAGUAACAAAAUGUACAACACUGUAAAAAAAAAAGCCAAAGUCAGAAAAAUAGUGUAGGUUACACUGUGACCUGAAACACAUGAACAAAGUGAAUAUAAUGUGACUUAUUUUUAUUCUGCAUUAUAUUUUCCUCAAAAGCUUUAUUUGCAUGAUUUAAACAUGGCCUAACUUGCCUCAUAAAGUAGUUUGUGUUUACAAACUUCUUUAUGAUGUUUCACCCAUAUGUAAUCCCAAAAGUGCCCCCGAAAAUGCCCAAAAGUAUUUGCACAACCUGCAGGACAUCAUAGUUAGUUAAACUAUUUCUGCCAGUAAAAGCAGCUGCUCGAGAUCUCUGACACCAGUGUGCGCACCCGUGUGUGUGUGUGUGUGUGUGUGUGUGUGUGCGUGUGUGUGUGUGUGUGAGUGGGCGUGUGUGGGUGGGUGUGUGCCCUACAAACACAUUGCAACAACACUCAAACCACUUCCUGAAUGCAGUCAGGCAGUGAAUAUGGCCCUGCCAUUGGCUGAAGGAGCUGUCAGUCAAGAGGUUCAAGUUUCAUACAGAUUUAGAAAGUGCAUAAGCAGCGCUCUGAAAAGCAGGCUUUUAUGGUAAUGAAACCACUGAGUGAGAUAACAGUAUCAAAAAGGUGCAAGUGCACAAGAAGUAUGGAUAUAUGCACUUAUAUUUCUGUACAAUCGCACUGGCAUGUAUUUCCAUGUUUCAUAGACUUACAGUAAACUAAAUAACCCUAAGUUAUUUGAAUUAAGUGUGUCUUUGUUUUGCAGCUUGUAGCCCAAGUCCUUGAAGAGUUUGAUGAUGAAGAUAUUGGUGUCGGCCUUCUCGAUGCAAAGCAGGACAAAGCCGUUGCAAAGAAAUUAGGUAAACAAUCACCAGACAAAACAUUGUUACAAAGGCCGAUCUGUAACCUCUAUUUAUAGAGUUCUAUGCAUUAUAUGAGAAGUAAUUCCCACACACACAUAUCAGCAGGAUUUGGUUUUGUCCUGGAAAAUAGUGAAAAGAGAAAAAAGACCAGAAUGCAAUCUAACUAAAUGAAUGUCUCUAGACACAAAUCUUUAUGCAGAUACAGCUUAUAAUCCAUUUCUAGACGUUAAAGUGAACUUUAAAAAAGAACUAGAACUGUUAACAAUCACAGGAAAUCUUGACAGGAAGUCCUCUGUUUCUAAGAGCUGGCCAGAGCUCAAAGUCCCAUAAUGUUUGCCAUCACACUGAUGUUGUAGUCAGACCAUAGCUCUCUAAAUUUAGAUUGAUUUCUAAAAUUAAGCCAUAGAGCAAGGCAAUACCAGCCUUCAAGUGAUGAAGUCAAAUUUUCUAAUUGGUAUGACUCUGGCCCAGUCUUUGUUCCAGGCAUGAAGUAAAGUUUCCUCUUUUUUUACACCCAGGCCUGGAAGAGUCCGACAGCAUCUUCAUCUUCACAGAUGAUGAAGUUAUAGAAUAUGACGGCGAGCUUGCAGCAGACACUCUUGUGGAGUUCAUCUAUGAUGUUCGUGAGGAUAUAAACUCCCAGUUAAUAGCCUGCCUUAUUAAUAAAGCAAAAAGUCCUUGAUUUUCACCUUGCUCUUUGGAGGAUGAGCCAGAAAAUUUAACUCCGGGCUCAUCUUCCAUUCUUUUUCCUCGUUCUCCUCUAUGACCCUUGUUUUUCUUCAAAGGUUCUUGAGGACCCUGUGGAAAUUAUUGACAAUAGUAGGGAACUGAACGGCUUCCACAACGUCGAAGAGGACAUCAAACUGGUGGGCUACUUUAAGAGUCACAAGUCAGAACGUAAGAAUCUGUACUGUGAAGGCCUAUAUUUACCUGUUUUAAUAUUUCUUUUGCAGGAGCUCCUCAAUGUAGUUGCUUUUAGGUUGAGACUGGCUUUGUGAACUUGAUUUAACUUUGAGCUUUUUACUGUUAUAUCUCAGUGAGAACAGUUGAUGCUUAAUGAAUGAUACAAAAAGUCUACAUAAGAAGAUAUUUCACAUCCAUGAUCACCUGAAAUGAACUCAUGAAUGCCUUUAAAUUUCAGAUUUCAAUGAAUUUGCUGAUGCUGCUGAAGAGUUCCAUCCUCAUAUCAAGUUCUAUGCCACAUUCAGUCCCAAGGUGAGAUAUAACCACUCAACCUUGAUUAAACGCUUCAGAUCACUAUUGUGUACUCUUAAAUACUGUUGAGGAAAAAUGUAUCCUUUAUACUGACUGUACAGAGAGGCAAUAAUUAUUGCAAUCCCAAUUAUCCAUGCAAGUAUAAAUCAUUACAACUUUCAAAAAACUCAGUGGGCCAAAAAGUGAGCCUUGAGGCACUCCACAAUUAGACUUAAACGUCUUUCAAAUUGAACCACUGAUUAAAAUGUGAAAACUUUAUUUCAAAUGUAGGCAACCAACCGCCUUAGAGUGAUAAUCUUUCCUACAUAUAUCUGAAACUUGUUACAGACCAUACAUUUUCUUCACUGUCAAGAAAGUGGGAGAGAGAUGGGGAAAGCAGCUUGUUUUCUUAAGUCUCUCCGUAGUCUAGGCUUUUAGCAGCAUCACAAUGGCUGGUCCAGAGUUAGCUUAGCCAGCUACUGACCAUGAAAUUUAACAAAAGACAGUUUCGACCCAGGAUGUCUGCUUCUUGGACUCAAUGUAAGGUUUGUUACACCAGAGGGGACCUUGUUAUUCAGAGGCUCUGCUUCCCAUACUAGUACCAAGGAGGAGAGCCACUUGCAGGCUUACUGGUAUCACAGUGAGGUAUGAAUAGGUCUGAUCACGGCGAUUAAGUCUUGUACUAAGGCCAUUGUAAAAUGAUUUUUAGGUAUGACUGUGCUUGAUAAUUGAGAACAUUGUUGACAAGUAAAAAGAUUUUUCAUGGUCAAUGGUGACACAGCUAAAACAAAAAAAACAAAAAAGAAUGAAGGUAUUUUAGUAUGUUUUAAGGAGGAGUUCACAGACAUUCAACGAACAAAAACACCCCCUGAAUUCUGUUUCUCAUUCUGUCAGUUGACAAACCUGAGCCUGAAUUAGUGCUUUUAUUUUUUUUUGUCCUUUUGUGAAAAACCAUUAAUACCAUGGCUCAGCCCUUCAUGAAAACUUGUUGGCUAUGAUCCUUUCUUUUUGUUGCAGGUUGCCAAAGCUCUGGAUCUCAAGCUGAACGAGGUCGACUUCUAUGAACCCUUCAUGGAUGACCCAGUGGUUAUCCCUGGAAAACCUUACACUGAGGAUGAACUGGUGGACUUCAUUGAAGAUAAUGACAGGUAGAUCACAUUAAUGCUAUACAACAAUAGUGUUGUGAUUAGACAAUAUCUUAAUCCUUUGUACAAAAAAAAGAUAAAACAUAUCUUUUUCUUCUCUACUUCCUUAGACCAACCCUGAGGAAGCUGCAACCACACAACAUGUAUGAGAUCUGGGUAAGAACUUGAACUUGACAAAGAUGUGUUUCGUUUGACUUUUGUCAAUAAAGCUUUUUAAAAACUGUAACAUGGUGAUGGGAAUAUGGGUUUCUGAAGGGAGUAAGAUCUUAAGGCUCUGUUUCUUUUCAAGUGUCUCAAACAGCAAAACAUUGUGAUCUUUGGGCUAGCAUGGCUUAAAUGGAUUUAUAUGAAUUGAUAUCAAACCUAAGUAUUUUUAUUAUUAUUUGUAUCAAAGAGUAGUUAAAAAUCGAUUUUUGGCUAAAAGAUAACACUAUCAAGAAUGAGAAUAUGAAUAACUUUAUUGAUCCCCGAAGGGAAAUUCAGCUGUCUGUCAUUUCAUUUGUCAUGUCUCUAUGUGGGUACAAAAGAUCAUUUGAAUCUUUCUGUCCUGCAGCGAAGAGAGAGGAGGUUUAGGAGGUUUAUUAGGGCUGUAACACUGUUAAAUUUCCACCUCACAAUUACAGUGAUAAAAAAACUCAAAUAUAAUAUUAUCAUAAUAUUUAUGGGGCACUUUGAAAAAAACUAUGAUGUCAGUCAUACUAAGAAAAGGAAAGACAGGUAUAAAGUAUAAUUAGUGCUAAUGUUUGACAAAUGUCUGAUUUUUAAUUCCUGUCAAUGUUGUGGUUUGUGUUUAAACUCUGUAAAGCACUUUGAAUUGCUAAACUUGACUUUUUGGCCUCGUAUAAGUCCAGUUGACUAACUGACAUCUGCUCAUUAAUUACUCAUAAUGUUCAAAAUUGUUUUUUUUUACCUGCAACCUAAACUUCUAACUACACUUCUGCUUGUGAUUCCGCAUUGGAUGAUGUCGGGCAGCGACCUGUCUUUCUUACAAAAUCCAAAAGACUUAUGAGCUAGCGGAAACAUUGUUUUGAAUUAAGUGGGCAGCACGCCUCCCUUUUAUCAUGAAAAUCAUGAUGUGAUUAUUAGUUACAUGUAAAACUGUGAGAUGAUUUUAAGCAUGACAUAAUAUUUCUUUUUUUUUUAAGUCUAUUGCGACAGCCUAAAUCACUGUCAACAUGUCAAACCCAGUUGGCUAAAUUUUUUCUUUAAUUUCUACACAGGAGGAUCAUAUUGAUGGAGAACAUAUAAUUGCUUUUGCAGAGGAGGCUGACCCAGGUAAAUCCUAAAUCAAUUAUGAACAUUCAGCAAUAUUUUUGAAGAGGUUUGUGUAUGGCAAUGGUUUAAUGUUUAUCUUUCCAAAAGAAUAUCCCAUGCAGCCAAUGGGGAAUGACGGAUAUGCCAUGCUGUUGAUUCUCUCCAUUGAUACUUCUGUGAAUUUUCACCCUUUCUUCUCCACAGACGGUUAUGAGUUCCUUGAGAUCCUGAAGGAAGUUGCCGAGGAUAACACAGACAACCCUAACCUCAGCAUUGUCUGGGUUGACCCUGAUGACUUCCCCCUGGUAAGAAUAAAAUAAGGUGUAAUUUUCAUGUACAAGAAACCGUCAAAACUUACCAACACCCAGUAAACUGAGCAAUGAGGUUUAGUCAUGAAAAAAUUUCUGUGAGACUGAAACCAACAUGUGGAUUAACUGUCUUUCCUAUCUGCAGCUUCUGCCUCACUGGGAGAAGACCUUUGGAAUUGACCUGUCCCACCCACAGAUUGGUGUCGUCGAGGCUGAUGAUGUGAGUAAUAUUUUUUGCUUCUUCAGCCAUAGUUUGGCUUUGCUUUUGUCUGUUUUGCUGCUUUAGCACAAACACUCUAAGUGAUGUUUCAGUGGGGCUGAUGGAUAUAUAUUCACGUUGCUUGGCACCAAGUAUAACUUCCCCAGUUCUCCCCGUUGGACUGGUUCAGGGAGACACUAACACGCUACUUGUUGCUCAAGUCUGUUGUUUGGUCCUCAGCCCAACAGGCCUUUAAGUGUCAUGUUCAAGUGAUUAGAAAGACUCACAUCUUAAACCUCUGAAUGAAACAAGACAACCCUGAAAUCCUGUGCCUUGUGCUUGGAGUCAUUUAUGAACCAGAAGCUUCUCUCUUUAGUAGCUAUAAGUAGCAUGUUUACCCCUACAGCCUAGCUUUUGUUAAAUCAAGGGUAAAGUAUAGAUCGCUAAAGAAGGUUCUCCUGGUAGAAAAACCCCAAGCCAUCUUUAGGUUGUGAGGGCUGUGUCGGACUUUCAAGGUCUAGGCAGCCUCUGUAUCUCCUUGUUUGAAGUCCCUGGUUUCAGACCUGUUGCCGUUAUUUAGCUACUCUUCCAAACAUUGGAGUAUGUUUGAGCACAAAUAUCAGCCUUUUCAGAUUAUCUGUUGGUAUUGACCAUCUGAGACCUCCUGCUCUAAAUGUCUAAAUGUAGAGACCAUCAAACAUUUACAGAGAUCAAUUCAAUCAAGACGGCUCAGCUGAACUUAUUUUUUUAUGUUAAAUGAAAAGGUUGCAGCUUAUUAGUGUGGACCAACAUGUGGAUGCAGAGCAAAGCUAUGUGCCACUACUGUACAAGGAUUCGCAGGUGUUACAGAAUAAGGGUCUUUCUGUUACCACCACUGUCUUGUAACAUAUUUCAGUGAAAGAAAGCAAUGUAGGGGGGCAUGUAAGAGCCUUUUCUAAAUGCUUUGAUUUGCUUUUUUGCCACACACUUUUGGCAAGUUUCUCCAUGGGAUUUUUAUGUUGUCCUAGAAACUUUAGGUUGUCCAGUGGUUGAGCAGGAAGUGGGCUCGCCUCAGAUGGUUAUCCAAUAGGAUGGUGUUACUUUCUCAGGAGAUAUUGGGGUCGUUUGUACCCUUUUAUUUCAAAGAACUAUUUGAGUUGAGAUAAUAAUUGGUUUAAGGCAGUGGUUCUCAUGUCCAGUCCUCGAGCCGCCCCUGUCCUGCAUGUUUUGGAUGUUUCCCUGCUCCAACACACCUGAUUCAAAUGAUCAGCUCGUUAACAAGCUCUGUAAUGGCUUAAUAACGAGCUGAUCAUUUGAAUCAGAUGUGUUGGAGCAGGGAAACAUCCAAAACAUGCAGGACGGGGGGGGGACUGGACUUGAGAACCACUGGUUUAAGGUCAUCAUUUGGUCCAUCCUGUCAUUCUUCCUUGAGAGGCCUACACUUCUAUACAAUAAACAACCUAUAGGCCUGUCAGUUUUCACUCCACUAUCAGGGAUGAAGAAACUCAAAUGACAGACUACCCUUUCAGUUUGGGGGUAUUUAUAAAAUUCAUACAGUAAAUUAGUCUGAUAAAACCUCAACUCCAUGAAACUGUUGUCCCAUUCUUAUCUUGUUUCAGCUGUGCAACAGUCCAGGGUAUCUUUUGAUGUUUUUUCAUCUCAUGAUUCACCAUGAGAUAAAAAUACAUCAACAGGUCUGGUCAGCACUUCAGACAGGCCAUUUUAGCUCCAAGACUUCACUUCCACAGAGCCAAGCUGUUGCAAUAUGUGCAGAAUAGGGCUUGGCUGUGGUUUUCUGAAAUGUUUGAGGUCUUCCUUGAAAAAUGCUUUGUCCAGAUGGCAGCAUGUGUAAGUUCAAGUCCUGCCUACAUUGUUCAGCAUUGAUGUGUGUUCCCAUAUGUGUAAGUUACCCAUGUCUUGGGCACUCAUGCAUCCCUAUGUCAUUAGGAAUACCAGCUUUUGAGCUGCACACUGAAAGCAAGCCAGGUGGCCCCCAUCCUCUUUGAAGCAGGGGAUGUGGUGUCCAUGAUUUCCAGAAAGAAUGUCCAGUAUAACUUGUCAAGUCACAGGACAGUUUUCACUCUGCCUCAGCUCUGUGAAGUUGCUGUUCUGUAUCUCUAGUUCCUCUUAGCAUGAUACACUUUACUCACAGACAAUGGAUUUUAAAGUGAAUUUGGACCCAUGUUGUGAUUUCCACUAAAGAGUCAGGUCUGUUUUGAUUACAGUCCUGCCUGAGGGCUGUAAAUCAUAGCCAUCCAGUGUUGGUUUGUGGCCUUGUCUUUUUUGUACAGGCAUCCCUGUGAAUUUUUAACAUCAUCUAAGAAUGUAUGUACUGUAGAUUUUUUUUGUUUUUCAGGGAGGAACAACAUUCUGAAAUCGCUGAACUAUUUGCUCAAGCAGUCCCUAACAAAGUUUACUCCUGAGAGUCACUCUCUCUUGGUGUCCUUUUUCUACCCAGUCAUGUCGCUAACUUGUUGGCAUCAAAUUUAAAACAUGUGUAUAUUUUCUUUAAAAAACUGUAAAAAAAAAAAAAACCUCUUUUCUAUGCUCUGCAGGCUGACAGUGUGUGGCUGGACAUGGACGAUGGCGAUGACAUGCCCACUGCAGAUGAACUGGAGGACUGGCUUGAGGCUGUUCUGUCAGGUGAAAUUGACCCCGAUCACGAUGAUGAUGACGAUGAUGAUGACGAUGAUGAUGAUGAUGAUGAUGAUGAUGAUGAUGAUGACGAUGAUGAUGAUGACGAUGAUGAUGAUGAUGAUGACGACGAUGAUGAUGAUGACGAUGAUGAUGAUGAUGAUGAUGACGACGAUGAUGAUGAUGACGAUGAUGACGAUGACGAUGAUGACGACGAUGAUGACGAUGAUGAUGACGACGACGACGAUUAUUAA